CAUCGGCAGCGCAUCGAACGCGCAGCGGCAGCCCGGAGCCUCGGAAGCGGUCCAUCGAUCGCUGCGCGGCGGCCGAGGCGGCAGCGGCCGCGGUGGAGGCUGCCUCUCGAGGCUGCCCCACAGCGCACAACCAUGGGCUCCAAUGACGAGCACAAGCACCACAAACAUAAACAUAAACAUAAACAUAAACACAAGCACAAGCACAAGAAGGACAAGGAACCCAAAGCCGACAAGGAGCCGGAAGCGCCCACUCAAAGCGAGGACCCCCUCGCCGCGCUCGACGGCGGCAUGCUCGACGCGCUCGGCGCGAACCUCAUCCAGAAGAACGAGGACCAGAAGGAUCCCGAUGAAGAGAAGAGGAAGGAGGAGGAACGCAUCAAGAAUAAAAAUUUGGACAAGUUUGCCAUAACCAAUUUAACCAAUAAACUGAGCAAGAACCUGGCCACGAAAUUCAAGUUGGCGCAUAAAAAUGUGGACGAAGACGGGAAGAGAGUCGACUUGUUGGUCGUAGACCAGGUCACGUCCACUUCUUGCAGAUUAAGGUGGACGCGGCCGAAGACAACAUAUAAGCUCCAUGGCGCGCGCAUCAUGAUGCGCGAGAAGGAGGUCAAGCCGGGCGUCGAGGGCAUCUUCCGAGCCGUCGUGGACCACACGCACGAUGCGGAAGGUCGAGUACGCACGGUGGUCGGUCUGAGGCCGGACACGGAGUACCAGUUCCAGGUCGCGUCGAUCCACGAUCUCCCGCAGAAGAUCCCGAAGGACUACCCGCGCGACGGCCCGGAGUUGCCGCCGCGACCGAUGAUCGUCGACGGGACGAAGUGCACGUCGUCCAUCAUCCGGACGGCUCGCGCCAAUUACAUAAAAGCCUUCUUCUUCGAGGACCCGGAGGACGCGCGGCGGGCCUGGAGCGUGUUCUUUGGCAUCUAUGACGAUAAGAACAGCACUGGAAGGGAUUUGAACGCGGUUGGUAGUGGUGAUCAGUUCGUACUCGCGCAACAACUCACGAUAGGCCAGACGGACCCCUGGGAGCUCUGGGAGGAGGGCGCGGUCGAGGGCGACAAGCCGCGGCCGCCGUGCAUGACGGGGCGCCAGUGCAUGCAGUUGCAUCUUCCUGGCGGGUUGCACGGCGGGUGCUUCGCCGAGAUCGAGGCGCGCGAAUCGCGAAGGUAUCGGGCGGAGCUGUACGUCUACCACGACAUGGAGGGCGGCAAGAACGUGGAAGAUUUACCUGGGCGAUGCGGUUGUCGCCUCAUCAGUUUCGAUGGGAGGGAUCAGUACCGAACGUCGAAGCGAGCGCGCUCGAACAAAGAAUGGGAGCGAUUGGCGGUGGAGUUCAUCGGCACGCCCGGCGACAAAGCGAUCAUCGCCGUGCAAGGCGACAAGAGUUUUGGAGGCGUCGUGUUGAUAGACGCGUGUCGGAUCUUUUUGUUGGGAAGAGACGAGAUCGGCGACACGUGUGCGGAGCUCGAAGCGGCGGUGGAAGAACCUCGAAUCAACAAGAACGGCGUGCUGCGGGUUAGUAUUGUGGAGCUCGUCAACAUCCCGCGCUUGGCGGGAGAACCGCCGCCCGCGCGGACCAGUGUCUCAUUUCUCGGCGAUGCCGCUGCCGUGCUGGCUCCAUCGAGCGGUAUUGAGCAGGCGUCGCGGCGAUGGCGUGGAGGUCGACGCGACGCCAGAACAGCCACGUUCUCACUGAUCGAUCCGCGCCCAGGUCCUACCGGAAGAGGUCUACCUCGACCCCGACGAGGAGGACGACCUCAUGGCCGACGACGUCCGCGACGAGGACUACUACGCGGCCCGCGCCGUGCCUAGAGACCCGAAGAAAAAGAAAAAAAAGAAAAAGGACAAAAAGGAGCGCCCGACCAAACCGAGGCUGGUCCUCCACUGGGGCCGGGAGAAACUCGUGGAAACGGACGUGUUCAUCAGCCAUGCGGACCUCUACGCCAAGGCCCUGACGAAAGGUACGGCAGGCUUAACACCACAGGCUCUUACAGUAGAUCAAGCCCGACCGAAGCUCAAGGAGAACGACCAGACCUUCCACACUUUGAGUUUGAGAAAGGAGAAGAAGGUCGGCAUGUUCAAGAAGGAGGUCCAGCUCGUUGAUAAGGUCCUCGAGAUCGAGCUCCAAGAUACCGCUACCAGAGAUGUCGCCGCGAAGGCUAAAAGACGAAAGGUCGACAUCGGGCCCCAGGAACCGCGAGGUCGCAUCGCGCGCUUAGCCGAAGAAGAGCGUUUGAGAGCCCUGCAGGCGCGGCGACCGACGCUACUGCAGCGGUUGACCGGUAGUACCGAAAAGGAAGGUCCCAGCCUAGAAACGCUCAAAGUCAUCGACCCCGAGCAGUACGAACGCGUGAAGGCGGAACAGGACUUUCACGCGCGCAUGGAGCAGGACGCGCAAGACUUGGAAGAGAGGUUAGAACGCGAAACUUUGAAUUGGUGGAAGAAGGAGAAACAGUUAGUGGACUUGCGGGCGCAAGCGGUAAGUGGCGUGAAGCCCCAAACGAAAGACGAGAAGUACGGCGAGAACAUGGAGCGGCAGAAGUCGCGCGCGUCUCGCGGGUCCAAGGACGAGAAGCCUACUCAAGAAAUUGUGGAGAAGCCCGAGGAGGACGAGCUCGACGCGUCGCAGGUGCAGGAAUUGGCCCAAUUGGUCAAGGAUUCCGAUGAAGAAGAUGAGGAGUCUGUGGACCCCCUCGACGACUUCGGGGGCGCGCCGCUCGGUCGACUGCGCCUGACGACGGAAGAUUUGUUGAGAUGUAGUCCGUAUCGGACCUGGUACCGUUUAGAAGAUGAAACUGGAUUAACUCAAAUGUGCAUCGGACUUAUGAUAAGGUACUGGGACCCCUACGCGAGAGUACCGAAGUAUACCUGUAUCCAAGAAGAGUACGCGCCCAAGGAAUCGGUGAGUGAGAAACAGAAGGAGCGAGAGAUGCUCGGGAACACGUCGUUUGAUGAUGAGGCGGCUCUGCGCAAGGCCAAUGAAGUGAAAAGUAGUGUCGGUGCGGUCAUGGCGAAGAUGGCGACGCGGCCCUUACCGCCGAAACAGCGCGUCAAUCAGUUAGGCAAGUUGUUGUACAUGCUCGGGUGUUCGAGCAACGCUACCGUGACGAGAGCUGGCUUCUCCUGGCCGGACCUGAAAGAUAUCGAGGCUGCCGAGAAAGCUAGGAUCGCACGGGAGAAAAUUCGAAGGGAGUCCGAGGAUUAUGUGUCUUCCGAGGAAGAGCAAGAAGAGUCGGACGAUGAUGUGGAUGAGGAGGCGAAGGCCGCGGAGGCGGCUCGGUUGUUGCGGGAGGCCGAAGCUCGAGCGGCCAAGGAACGGGCGCAAAAGGCCGAUCGCACGGACCCCAUCGAAGCGCAAAUUCGCAUUGAGACCAUUGAGUUAAUUAAGAGGAAAGCGGAGAUGGUGCGCAUGGGCGUUUUGGAAGAAUGCGUGGCGUCGUUGGCGUAUACUCGUACUCGCGCGACGGCGGCGGCUCUGAUUUGUGCCGUCGUCACCUUGCCUAGAGACGUCGUCGCUCGUUCGGCAGACAUGCAAAAAGUCGUGGCCAAAUUGCAAAAGGCCGUCAGGAGCAUGGGCGUGCUCGACUUUUGUGAAGAAGCCACCGAUAGCUAUACGAUGCGCGUGCAGGGUGCUGGUGGAUCUGGGAAGGACUGCGACGAGGACGCGGCGCAAGAUCCCAGUCGUGCGACGCAGCCUCUGGGUAAUGUGGCGCGCGCGGUGGUGCACGCGAUGUCGUCGACCGGUCGCGUCGCGCCGCAGCCUUGUCCUGAUAUCGUGCUGGCGGGUUGCUUGGUGGCCGUGGUCUUCGGCGGGGCGAAGCGAGCUCUGCUCCAGGCUUUUUCCGAAAGGCCCAAUCUCUUCCCUUGUUUAGCCUACGCGGUCAAGGAAGGUAUACCGAUAGCGAAGCGCUGUCUGCGCGACUUAAAUCUGCACCACCACUUCCCGAAGCAGGUCGUCGACGUGUAUUUGAGGUAUAGGCCGCUGGUACCGCUCAUCUCGAAGCCUGGUGAUGAUGUAUUAGCUAUUCCACCCCGACGGGAGUACUGGCGCUGCCCGUCGCUCGAAGAACUAGAUGAGGACGAACGGGACAACCGCAUGAAGAAGGAGUGUAGAUGGGCGCGGCGGCGAGCUCGGGCCGCCGAGAAACAUAGGUCAAUUGUGGGCGCAUACCCUCGAAGAGUUAGAGUUGCCAAGCUCAACCGCGCACCGAGAGAUGGCGAGCCCUACAAGCCCAUGAAGUCGUCGCCCAUGUACGAGAAAUUAGUAAGGGACUCGACACCCAGUGGGGGGUUAGCUUUUCACACCGAAGAUAGUAGACGACCGGACAUCGAGUUCGUGCCGGUCGCCUACGACAAGCUACCCGACGGGUGUCUGGAGGAACUGGACAAGCAGAUGAAGCUCAUUGCGAAGGGCGAUCGAAGGAAGAGCCUGACGGGCGGCCAGCAAAGACAGCGGAGGAGGCCGAUGAACCGCCACGACCGCGCCAAGGCCAUGGAGCUGCGCGAGAAGAUGUUACGAGACGGCAAGAACACGCGCGCCGAGCAGGACGACUUGGACGACCGCUUCGAGCGCGCCUUUCGGAGAGCUUCCUUCGACGAUGAAAGUGAUGCUUCCGACGGCUCCGACGACUCGCUGUCGAGUGACGCGUCGGCGGAGACGCGGCGCAAGCACAAGCUCGCCAAGGAGCGGCGGCUGCGGGGCGAGGCGGGCAACGCGGCCGAGGGGUCGACGGCGGCUUUUGCGUUAGGUAAAAGCUGGGCGCGGCGGUUUUCUUCUAGAAAAUCGCAGGACGAGAAGGCCCGGAGCGGCGCCGCCGCCACGGCGGCGGACUCGGUCAACGUUUUUGCGGUGAAGCGCCUCGAGGCGUCGGCUCCGGCUCCGGCUCCUGCGCCCGCGCCGGCGCCGGGCGCAUCCGUCGAGGAGGGCGAGGCGGCGCCCUCGCCAGUAUCCAAGGGCACGACGAAGGGCAUGUUCUCGGCCCUGUCCAUGAAGGGCAAGUGGCGGGGCAUGGCCCUGAGCGCUCCGUUACCGGAGCCCGGCGGCGAGAAGCGAGGAGGCCUCCUGAAGCGACUGGGACGGCGCCUGACGCGGGGCUCGAAGGAGGAUGCCGAUGAUGAAGCGCCGGUGAUGAUGGAAAUCGUGGCCGGCGAGGUCUACGACGACUGCCUGCCGGCGUGCCGCGGCCUCGACGGGCGGCUCCACGUGCGGGGCCACCACGCGCUCUGCCCGCACUACCAGGAAAACUUCCCUCCGCCGGCGGCCGCGCCGGCACCCGCGCCCACGCCAGAAAUCCCGAAGCGGAAGCAGAUCGUCUUCGCUGAUGAUUUGACAAGCGACGAGGAGGACGCUUCCCCGGCGAAGGGCGGGGACCUCUGGAAGGAGUCGAUGUUCUAA